AACACAAACCACACUCAGUCCAAGCAGCUUCAAACCAGAGGAAUAUCUGAUCUACAGUACAGGCACUUUUUUUUUGGGUCCAGAUAGUUGGAAGAUCCUGGAGCGAAGGAGAAAGGACUCGAGUUACCUUAACAUGGCAUUUCUGAAAAAUGUGCUCUAUCUGGUAGGCUGUCUCUCUGCUUGGAUCACCACAGCUGCAGAUAAGAACCUGGUGCCCACAGCAGAGAACGUAAAAUGGGUGUCUUUGGACUUUAAAACCAUCCUUACCUGGGCCACCAAAACAUCUAACUACAACUACACUGUCCAGUACGCUUGGGAUCAUGAAAAUUGGCAUACGUGUCUUGGCUGCAUCGAAAUGUUAGAGUCAGAAUGUGAUCUGACCAACUGCCUCAAAGCCGUCGACAGGACCUACACUGCCAACAUCCAAAUAGAAUCAGCGGACGUUAAUUAUGCCCCGGAGGACUUACCUCACAUUCAAUCCCAAGGCUUCAACCCCUACAGAUAUAGUAACAUCAGUGCUGUGAAUUUUACUGUGGAGACCAAUGGAAGCAGAGUAAUAAUCAACAUCACAGAUCCUCUGACCAGUAUUCAUGAGGAUGGGAAGCAGCUCAGCAUCAGAGACAUUCUCAAAAAUGACCUCCAAUACAAGAUCAGCUACGGCAAGUCUGGAAGUACAGGCAAGAGAGACAUCAUAUCUAAAGCCAACAUACGAGAGAUGCCGGAGCUGGAUGCAGGACAAAGUUACUGCUUGAUGGUAGCAGCUUACAUCCCCUCCAGACCCAAAGCGACCCAGCAGGGAGCCUGGAGCAAACAGCUGUGUACACAUGGACAAACAAACACACUGCAAGAGUUGAGUCUUGGAGCAUGGGUUGGUGUAGUCUUCAUCCUGCUCACAGUCCUCAUCAUUAUUGUUACGGUGAUGGUCCUCUGCUGCAGAUGCUGCCGACAAAGAAACAAAAUCCCUAAUACAUCUCAGUCAUCAGUGCCUGUUUAGUAUGUGUGUAUACAGUGCAUGCCUUUCCAACAUAGGGAGCUGAUCUCACCUCAGCUUUUUAUCUCUGCUUUGUUUCUAGGAAUUCAUUCUUUCACACUAUGUUCUUUUUUUUUGCUUACAUUGUAUUGUAGAUAUGAAUUUUCUAUUACAUGUUUAAAAUUUAUAUUCAAGGUGAAUUGUCCUAUAUAUUUGAAUGGCCAUUUGAACUUGUGCACAUCAGUACAUUAAAAAUCUGUACAGCUUU